AUGGACAAAACAGUAACCAAGGCAGCAGCGAUUUCUUCAGCUAUGCUGACCAGGAAGCAGAGCUUCAAGGGAAGAGAGUCGUUUGGAAUCGACUACUUCACCGAGAAAGAAAAGGAAUCAACGGAUAUUCGCUGGUACAACCGCCAGAUCCCGCUACACGUCAUAUCGUUGUUUUGCUUCCUCAGCCUGAUGUCCAUCAGCCUGAACACGCCGGUGACAUUUCGUGAUUACAAAUUCCUUCGGUUCGUCACGUAUGGUGUAGACGUUGUGGCGACACUGAUCUUUACGCUGGAGGCCGCGGUAAAAAUGCAGCAUCGAGGAAUUCUGAGGCGUUCUACUGAAAUGCACAUUAAGGACAGCCGGAGUUACUUGCACGACCGAUGGUGCCAAUUUGACUUCAUAAUGCUGAUUUCACAUUGGAUCUCCAUAGCAACUCAGGCAGUCGAUUUGGUGCCGUUCAUCAUUCACGGCCCAUCGUACGAAUACGAUGACGAAAACUAUCCGUCGAUCAAAUGGCUUGGCAUCCUUCGUUCCCCAAGACCACUGAUCAUGGUGCGCCUGAUACGUUCACUGCUCAAAAUCCAAUUGCCAAAAAAUCGGAUCAAUCAGAUAUUCAAGUAUUAUUUAUACCGUUUUGCAUAUUUAACUUUUCGCGUGAACGUGUUUAGACGGUCGAGUCAACAAGUGUACAAUGUUACCAUAUUCUUCCUGUUCUUCAUGUCUCUGUAUGGAAUUCUAGGCGUUCAGUUUUUUGGAAGGAUGGACUACCACUGCGUCAGAAACGGCACCGACCCAAAUGCACAACCACUCACUCGACAUCCAGUUCUUGGCAUUCUGCCGCAUACAAAUGUCUUCAUCGCUGUUAUAACAGAAACGUUUGCUGAAAUCCGAGUUCAAUUUUCGCAGAUGUGGGGUAACCGAGAGGUCCUGACCGAAGCAGAGAUCACCCAAGUGCUUGAAAAGGGUGCAGACGGGUGGAAAUUCAUCGCCAUGAACGCAAGCAAGACGAAAGGAUGGGCUCCAAAAAUCUGCCAAAACUUCUACUCCAGCAACAUCUUCCAAAUCAUAAUUAUGGUACUUGUGCUGUCGAACGCCCUAAUCAAUGCGAGCUUUAUUCACAGACACGACGGCUCAGAUGUCAAAAGAAGCGAAAUUUACUAUUAUAUCGAGUGCAGUUUCACGUUGGCGUUCGACCUGGAGUGUCUAUUCAAAAUUUGGUGUCUGGGGUGGAUUGGCUACAUCAGGCGUGGACUGCACAAGUUUGAGUUCAUUCUGUGCCUUGGAAGCACCCUCAGUAUCAUCAAGCCCUUGCACGACAUGAAAGUCUUCACCUAUUUUCAGAUAUUUGGGCCUGGCAAGAAACUCGGUGGCCUAGUGUUGUUUACCAUGGCGCUAUUAUUAAUCACUUCAAGCAUUUCUCUCCAGCUGUUCUGCUUCGUUCAUAAUUUGGACAAGUUUAGAACAUUACCAGACGCAAUAAUGGCCAUGUUCCAAAUUAUGACCCAGGAAGAAUGGACUGAAGUCGUCGUAGAAACAAUGAGGGCAGUUGGGGAAGCGCUGGCUCCUCUAGUGGCCAUAUAUUUUGUGACCUACCACCUGCUUGUCACAUUGAUUGUUCUCAGCCUUUUUGUCGCUGUUAUUUUGGACAACUUGGAAAUGGACGAAGAGCUGAAGAAAAUCAAGCAAAUGAAAGCAACCGAACACACAACCUCGUCGAGGACUAAACUUCCACUGAGGUUGCGGGUCUUCACUCGUUUUCCGAACUGUCCUCAAACCGUUGAAAUCAAACGUCUUCCUGGUGAAUUUCCGUUGCCAAAAAUACGCGACAGCUUUACGAAACAUUACGCGACUGACGAACAGGAAGAAAAGGAAGAGGAGGACAAAAGUAAACGCAAAUUAAAAUGUUGCAUUGAGGAUCAGAAGCUUACGGAAAAAAGCAAAGUUGAGACAAACUGGACACUUGUCGUCAACGAAAGGAGUCAGUUACGUACUGAGGUGAGUCGUUCGUUACACCUAGCGGACAAAGCCAGGGUAAUGCUCACCGACUCGUUGGGCAUCAUACCGUUGACAAAUCGAAUGGGUACCCAGAAAAGCUUCGGCUCUGAGAAAAGGAGGCAGAAAAGUUUACCUCAGCAGAAUCUAGUAGAAACUUUCCGAAUGAAACAGAUGUACAAUCACUUGAAAGAGAACGGUGAUCUCAUGGUGUCGGCAAAUAUGUCAGAAAAGAAGGACAAGACGCACAGUGAAAUUGACAUCAAAGCUAUUCAACAACGGAAACGCCAAGCGGAAAUGACCAGAAGCCGCCUUGAAGAAGAGAUGAAAGAAAACCACCCUCUGUUCGAUAAGCCCCUGUUCAUGCUCGACAGAGAAAACAGGAUUCGAAAAUUUUGCCAGUAUAUUGCGUACGCAAAUAACCUUCUGGGAUUGAUGACGUACCUGGAUUGGACAGUGUUCUUCGUGACAUGUGUGUCAUGUAUUUCGAUGCUGUUUGAGAAGCCAUGGCCCCUCGAGGGGACAAGCCUGCUGAUGAAUAAUGGAUAUCUUCAGAUUGCCGAAUACUGGUUCGUUAUUACGAUGACAUUUGAACUUGUGGUUAAAGUUCUGGCCAAUGGGCUGUUUUUCACACCAAAGGCCUUGAUACAUGACUUUGGAGGUGUUCUGAGCGUAUUCAUUUACACAACAAGUGUCAUAUUUCUGGUAUGGAUGCCAAAACAUGUGGCACCAAAUUCUGUCGCCCAGCUUUUCAUGAUAUUUCGAGCCGUGCGCCCUCUCAGACUCUAUACUUUGGUUCCUCACAUACGCCGAGUUGUAGUAGAGCUAUUUCGAGGAUUUCGGGAAAUUCUUCUGGUUACCGUAUUACUGAUCGUUCUUAUGUUCAUAUUUGCCAGUUAUGGAGUCCAGAUUGCUGGAGGAAAAUUGGCUACCUGCAAUGACUUCACCAUAAAGAACAGAGACGAAUGCACCGGGCAGGCUAAUCCUAGAAAUUUCAACUUCGACCAUAUCGGAAACGCCAUGUUAGCACUGUUUGAAAUUUUGUCAUUCAAAGGAUGGACGGUGGUGCGUGACGUAAUUUUAGAAAGGCUUGGAGCGGUAAGUAGCUGCACUGAUCGAUAUGAAAUUUUCGAAAUGAUCUUUCGGGAGGCAUGCUUUGUCCAGAGCAACAACGAAGUAAUGUGACA